GGCUUGCCCUAGGCAUCAAACUUUGGUGCUUCAGCACUGGUCUCUAGGGUGGAUCUACCUAAGCCACGUUCUGGCUUCCAGAUCUCCGUGAGUCUCCCCAGCCUGGGCAGCCCCUCCACCCAGCCUAGCUCCCCCCCCCCCGCCACCCCCUGGCCACUCAAUUUUCCUUCCUUCCUCCUCUUUCUCCCUGCCAUGCAUUUAAUUAGCUCAUAGAGCACACUGUUAUGUAUGCAUGUGUCAUGGGGUUGUAAUUCCUGGGUUCAUCCUGUGCCUCAGGGUACCUGCUGGUUGUUGCUGGGGGCUGUAGGGGCCAGAAAGAAAUAUUUAUUCCCCUUAAAGGCAGAACCUGGCAUCUGAUGCAGUGGUUAGUUCUUGGUUUGGGGCCUUCCUUUGAAGCCUCAGAGAGCAGCUGGCUAUUUCCAAGCUGAAACAUGAAGGAAAAGGGGGGGGGGGUAGUAGCAAGAUGACACCAAGUGAUUCCAGGUGGGAAAGACCCAGGUGGACUGCGAGGAACUACAGAAGGAUCCUGCAUGAUUGAGUGACUGGGCAACGAAAUGGCAGAUAAAAAUCCAGCAUUGAUAAGUGUAAAGUGAUGCAAAUGGGCAAAAAUAACCCAUGCUUUACCUAUUAUGGGCUCUACAUGAGCUGGUACCACACAGGAAAGAGAUCUGGGAGUAAUUGUGGACAGCUGGCUAAAAAAUACCAGCUCGAUGGCUAAAGAAGAGAAUUGUAAAUGAAACAAAGUCUCAGGUUUCCCCUUUAUAAAUCCAUGGUGCCCCCACACACUGAAGACUGUGCCCAGGUCUGGUUCCCGCAUCUCAAGGAGUGAGGGGCACGGCCUCUGAAUCAGGGCUUCCUAGACCUUAGAUGCUGGAGGCUGCAAGUGAGAAACCAUGGAUAGCCCUGGUCAGACAUAGUUUACUCUCCCUUCCAGCAUGUGCUGUCUGCCAUGGUGUGACACAAGAGACUGGGCAAGACAGACCUGUGGUGUGACCCAGUAUAUAGCACUUCUGUUCUUAAUUCAGUGUGGAGGAGAUGGCUUGGUGCUGUAAAGGAAGAAGCUGGUUGCUGGGAUCCAGGACUCACAGGUUUCAUCAAUAGAUCACUAGUUCCUGGAUCUCCUGGAAGUUUCAUCCUAGCAGCUUGGCUAAAAUGCUAGGGGUCCCCAGCAUCAAAAGCCUAUGUUUCCUCUCUGCAGCUACAUCCCCAUGGGUUUGCUCCCCUCAGAGUAGUUUGUGCCAUGUGUGCAGCCAGGCAGGGUCUGUUGCCUCCUUAUGAGCUCACAAGGACCCUCCCAUUCUGACCUCAUGAUGAUGUCACUCCCUGACUACCUCCUAGGGCCCAGGGUCCCUCAGGUGGGCAGUUGCCAAGAAAGAGGUGGAGGAGGGAGGUUGCUAUAUCUUCUGCUCCACCAACCUGGCAACUUACUAGUAUGGAUUUUCUCAUUGAAUUCAUCCUGGUUAUACUGGGAACUCAAGUAGCCUUUUGGCUUUUGGAUUUGCAGGUAGGUGUGGGGGGAGGGACAGAGGGGAGGAGGCUUCUGGGCUUUGCUGGUUGGCUCCUCCUCUCCUUUCUGCUCCAUGUGUCAGGAUGUUCUUAACCCUCUUUUAGAGGCAGGGGAAACACCCUGGAUCUGGGUCAAUUAAGGCAGUUUCCUUGAGCGUUCCCUGGGAUAACUGUUCCCCUGGCAUGGUUUAGUACCUGCCUCGGUGUUGGGGCUUAAAGCCCACUUUAUGGAAAUGGGAGGCUCCUCCCUAGCUUGUGUCUGUGGCCGUAUGACUGAGGGCAGGUGAAACUUGGGGGCAUCUUAACACCAAGUCUCUGGACUCGGGCCUCCAGGUAGGAUGUCCACCAAAAGACUUUGGAAAUAUCUGAAGCCCCUGGCGGGGGUGGAGGAUGUUUGCCAGUUGUAGGCCACUUAUGGUUUGGACUGACUCAUGAAUUUAGACUUGAUUCAGCUGAUUUGCCUUGGAACAUGAAACAUUUCUUUAAAAAAACCCUGAAGUAAACAAAACAAAAACUGUUUUUAGAGGUGUUGGGUGUUGGCUGCAACUGAGGCCGGGGAUGGUGACAGGGCUGUGCUAAUGCUCCUGCUGGGACGACAGCCACAGGCUUCUGGCUAAAGGGUCUUGUCCCUCUGCUCAGGGUCCCCGUGGGGAUGGUGGGACCUGCCAGGCGGGCACCAGUUCUCCGGCUCUGUGGGGUCCAGGGAGGUGCUCUCUAACCCGCUGCUCUCUGUGUGUGUGCAGAGCAUUCAUCGGAGGCCGAGGCAGAUACUGGGAAGAGCCAAGCUGGGAGCAGCUUGGGGACAUGUGGAGGAGACACCGCCACCCCAGUGCACACAGUAAGCACUGCCCCAUGCCCCUGCAGCCUCCCGGGGCCUGAGAGACCCCUUUCUGCCAGGGAUGGGGCUGGCUCAGGAAAGAGAGGAGGGGAGGGGGCAAUGCAGCCAUAUGAGAUGCCCUCCUCUUUGUCCUGCAGCUGCCCCAUGCCUGGGCACAGGCUCAACCUCGAGCGCACACUGCAGCUGGUGGAGAGGAGGCUCAUGCACGUGACCUGGCACCUGAUGAGAGAUCUGAACCCGCCCAGACCUACAUGUCCUGCACCAUCCUGGAUCUCCGAGGAGCCUGAGGAAAUGGAGGACCCUGACGCUGCCUUCAUGCAACCUCCCAGCCGUGCUGCCAUGGGGGAUGCCUUCACGGGGCCGUUGCUGUUGCCCUCCCUAAGGGAGACGUUUGUGCUUUUGGAGGAAGAUGGCGUGGCUCUCCCCAGCCCAGCCUGGCACCCCCCUAAGUCCCUAUCAAGACAGGCAAAUGGGUGUCAGAGUCAGCCCAUGCCUGUGCCAGUGCUGGAGCCGGUGGUUUCCCAACAUCUGGACUUCCACAUCUGGUGCCUGGACCUGCAGCGCCAGCUGGGCCUCCCCAACCCGGAUGCCAAGUCACUGGCCCACCUGAUCCCCCGAGUGCCGCUCCGGUGCCCCCGUCCCACGUACGCCGAGAGACACCAGCUCUGGAAGAGCAUCUCCCGUACCCCUCAGGAUUCCCGCACAGCCCUGCGGGUCUUUCACCCGCUGCCCACCCUGCCUGAGGAGCCGCCACAGUGGGAGGAGGCAGAGGCCGUGAAGACAGAGGAGCCUGGAUCUGACCCACAGGAUAAGGCCGCACAUCCUCCGGGAUUGGACACCCAGGAGCCCUGUGUCUGCCUCCCCAAGCCCUUGCCCUGCCAGGCCCCAAGGCUCAUGAUCCUCCCUGAGGCUGCCCUGAGCCAGCCCGCGCCCCAUGCUGACACCAGUCUGCAGCCUUCUUUCCAGCAGGGGAGCCCAGAGACACAGCCUCCACUGGCCCAUGGGUCCCAGGGGAUGGAUCUGUGUUUGAAAGAGACUCCCUCAGCCACCCAGGCCCAUCCUUGGGGGAAGCCUUGCAGCGCGGCUGAGCCAGGGAAGGGCCCAGAGCACCGCCACCACCCCCUGAACUCCUACAGACCACUGGGGUGCACCAGCCUGCAGGGGAAGCUGCACCUCCUGGCCCCAGAGCCUGCGGGCAAGCAGGAUCCUGCAGACACCACUGUGUUGCCAGGGGAAGCCAGCACCAAGGUCCCAGACCCAUCUGAGGAUGUUUGUGCUUCUCAGGAGCUGUUGGAGCGGCACCUCAUGGGGAAGCAGCCGCAGGAGGUGACUGAAGAGCCGGGCCCGGCCUCUUGCCGAAUGCCCCCAGGGGCAGAGACUGACACAGGAAAGGACUUGUCCCACCCGUGGGGCACCACCAAUGAAGGUGCAACAACCAGCAUCAGAUGCCUCCUUCCCACCCCGGUGAGAGGCCGCCAUGGAGGAAGGGAGCGGUGGAGCCUGGAGCAGCCCAGGAAAGGCACCCAGCUGCCCCCUGCCUGGCACCCCAGAGGGCAGAGGGGGGCACCCAGUGCGCAGCCAGUGGCAGCUGGGAGCCGAGAGCUGCAUCAGGCUGGUGGGCAGGCACCUGACCUCCACUACAUCUGUGGCCUGGAAGGAAAGCCAGCCCGUGCGGUCUGGCCAGGAGACUCUGGGCAGCUUGGUGCCCGCUGCAGCCUGAAGGAGCUUCAGGGGCCGCUGCAGAAGAUCACAAAGGUCAUGGCAAGAAGCCCCAAGGCCUCAACAAGCUCCAUGGAUGGUGCAGGAAGGGGCCUCCAGCACAGCAGCCUUGAGACCAGCUGGGAACGGGAUCAACUGGUCUCCCAGCUGCCCCCAGGCUCAGAGAUAUCCCUGGGGACCGAUGUCCCAUUAUCCCAGACCUUCAUGCCUGCGUGGAGGCACAGACCAGCCUCAGUGCUGCCCCACAAGCCAAUCCACAAGCCUGGUGGGGAAAGCAGGAUGGGACCCAGUCAGGGGAGACACCCUGACUCCAGCCAGCCCCAGCACGGAAAAGCAACCCGUGCUAGCAGCUCGAGGGCUGUGGCAAGAAAAAGCCUAGCCGGCACCCCUGGAGACACCAAAAGGCUCCCCAGGGAGAGGGGAUGGGGUGCAGGGCCAGGCCCUUGGCCAUGGAAGGAGGGAGGGACCAAGAAGUGCCCUGUGGGGGCAGCCAGGCCUGGACCCAGGCCAGACCAUGUAGAGCCCCCUGACCUGGCGCAACUCCUGGGCUCCAUCCUGACCUCUCCCAGCGCUCAUGACCUGCAGCUCCAGUUUGUUGCUGACCCGCUGAAGAAGCAGUGCCCCCAGGGUGCCAGUGCCAUUUGCCCCCACCAGGCCCCUGUGCGAGCUGCCUUCUCCACCCAGGUGGAUGUCCAGGCUCAAGACCAGGUCAGCGCCCACCAGAUGAGCCUGAGCCACAGGCUAGAUGCCCCCAGCGGGCCAGCUCAGGAGGGGCCGCCCACAGGGGGCUCCCGGGGGACAUGGAAGGGGGUGAAGGGUCAGGCGAAGGCAGGGACAUCUGAGCAGGGGGUGGACGAUGCCACAAAAGUCUGGCUCCGCACAUCCCAAGCCCCGGAUGGGGUCUUUCAAAUGUGUGGCAAGAAGCAGCAGAGGAAGCCAGGUGGCUCUUUGGGCCCUGGCGACUUCCAGGGACCCCUUGAAGAGCCUCAGCACUCAUCUCCAGGGGACCCCUUGCGUCCUUCCAAUCUGGACCAGAAGCCCCUGGAGAGAGGGAGCCAGAGGCAGGACAGGAGGCUGAGGAGAGCUUCCUGUGAACGGCCCCAAACUGUCUGUGUCAGCACCAGCACCGUAGACUUCCCCCAGCAGAUGGAUGGAGCCACUUCUCUCCUGGCCACCAAAGAAAAGAAACCCCAGACCAGGACCCCAUCGGUGCCCAGAGAAAAGGUCCCUUUGGGCCACCGCUUCCUGAGGGGCCUCCAGCGCACCUUCUCCAAGCUGUGCCUCACCAUGAGGGCCCGGCUGUCCCAGGAUCCACGGAACAAGGUCCCCAACAUCAGGCUCACAAAGCCUCCCUUGCGCCAUCAGGCCUCCAAGGUGGCGCCCCAUUGGCACCUCCCAGUCCCCACCUGCCUGCUGGGAGGGACACCCAGGAAUCCACCUUCUCCCUGGGCUCGGGCAGGUGCUCACCCUCCUGGUCUACUUCUAGGACACUGUUGUCUCUUCCCAUCUGCAUUACAAAUGGGCACCCACAGACUCCCCACAGUUGGCAUUGGGAAACGGUGGUAUACUUCCCAUCCCACUCUGCAAUUCCAUCAUCUCCAGGUCCUUCCCUUGGGAACAGCACAGAGAGAGAGAGUGCAUUUGGCAUCUGCCUUUCACCCUUUUCAACAUGGGGACUUCCUACAACACCUUCGUGGCUACAAGUUCCAGACCUCCAGCAUGACAGGGCUCCAGCACUGUGCCCUGACCUGUUGGCAGUGGAUUGAUAACAAUGUGUCCUUCCAUAUAUUUUGGAUGUGAUAUUUUUCUCUGUCUCUCUUAGUAAAGGUUGUUCUUGAUGAA